GUUCUUGGUAUGAAGAAAUGAUCAACAACAGAAAUAAAUCUGUUGUUAAAGGCAUGAAAUGGACGUCUGAUGGACAGAAGAUAUGCAUUGUGUACGAAGAUGGUGCCGUCAUUGUGGGAUCACUGGAUGGCAAUAGAAUCUGGGGUAAGGAACUCAAGGGACUGCAACUUGCUGCUGUUGAGUGGUCUCCAGAUGCCAAGAAAAUCCUGUUUGGAAUCGCUAAUGGAGAAGUGCAAAUAUUUGAUAAUGUUGGAAAUUUCAUUAACAAGAUGAAAGUCUACUGCCUGGCCAAUGUUACUGGGGCAAUCCAUAUUUCUGGACUGGAGUGGUACAAUGGUCUCAAUGGCUACCUUGAGCCAAACUGUCCAUCACUGGCUUUGUGCUAUGACAAUGGGAGGUGUCAGAUCAUGAAGAAUGAGGGUGAUGAGGAUCCAGUUCUGCUGAACACUGGCAUGCAGAUAGCUCAGGUUGCCUGGAACCAUACUGGGUCUAUUUUAGCAAUUGCUGGAUCCCAGCAGACCAUGGAACAAGACAAGGAUGUCAAUGUCGUGCAGUUUUACAAUCCAUUUGGUGAACAUUUGCGAACCCUGAAAGUUCCAGGCAAGGAAAUGUACUCUUGUUCCUGGGAGGGAGGAAGUCUGCGCAUUGCUCUGGCUGUUGACAGUUUCAUUUAUUUCGCUAAUAUCCGAUUGGAUUACAAGUGGGGCUACUGCAGCAACACAGUUGUCUACUCUUUCACCAAACCAGACCGACCGGAACAUUGCAUCGUCUUCUGGGACACAAAGAACAAUGAGAAAUAUGUAAAAUAUGUCAAGAACUUGAUUGCCAUAGCCUCAUUUGGAGAUUAUUGCUGCUUAGCAACUAAGGGAGAUGAAACAGCUAAUCAGUAUGUUCUUGUCCUCUGCAACUCCAUUGGGACACCUUUGGAUUCAAAGUACAUUGAGAUGGAACCUGUCUAUUUGUGCAUGACCAAAUCACAGAUCAUUUGUGCUUCGAGGGAAGCAUUUUACUGUUGGCAGUUUAAGAACCCGAAAAAACUGGCAACUUUAGAAAUUGCUUCAAAAAGGAAAGCUGGCUCUGAAAGAUUGAUUCAUAUUGACGACACACCAUCUGGGUCCACUACUGGACAGGAGGACAUUGACUUUAAGAAAUCCUAUGCUAAUACAGAUGACCACAUAUGCUGUAUCUGUGCACACGACAAAAUCCUGAUAGUGGGCCGAGAGUCAGGGGUCAUGAUUCGUUAUGCACUUCCGAUGGUUGUUCUGACCCACAAGUAUACUUUGUCAUGCAGACCUCACCAGCUGAGUUUGAAUUGUUCGUCUAGUCGUGUGGCAAUCAUUGAUAAUGCUGGAGUCAUGAGCUUCUUUGACCUUGACACGAGAGUUGCAGACAAGGAUGGCAGAGAGGUAGUAGGUGAACAUUUAAAGUUUGAUCGCAAGGAUGUGUGGGAUAUGAAGUGGGCAGAGGAUAAUCCUGAGCUGUUUGCAAUUAUGGAAAAGACAAGAAUGUACAUUUUCAGGAACCUGGACGCAGAGGAGCCAAUCCUGAGCUCAGGCUACAUCUGUCAGUUUAAUGACUUACAGAUCAAAGCUGUUCUGUUGGAUGAAAUCAUGAAGGAUCCAGAGAACCCAUCUAAGGAUGACUUGUUGGAGAUGGAAAUUAGGUCAUUGAGGGAUACCAGAGAUCUACUUGAGAAAGUCAGCCUCACCGAUGCACAGCAGUUCAUUGAAGCCAAUCCCCAUCCUCGAUUAUGGCGGUUACUUGCAGAAGCAGCUUUAGAGCAGUUGAACUUGAAAGUUGCAGAGACGGCCUUUGUGAAAUGUAAAGAUUAUCAAGGAAUUGAGUUUGUCAAGCGUUUGGGAAACCUUCAGAAUGAAAAUAUCAAACAAGCAGAAGUGGCUUCCUAUUUCCGCAGAUUUGAAGAUGCAGAGCGAAUAUACCUAGAUAUGGAUCGAAGGGACCUGGCUGUGAGUCUGAGAAAGAAGCUCGGGGACUGGUUCAAGGUGAUACAUUUGCUGAAGAAUGGAGGUGGUGGAGAUGAUGUGCAGCUGGAGGAAGCCUGGAAUGCUGUGGGUGAUUACUACGCUGACCGCCAGAAAUGGAGUCAGGCAGUAACAUAUUACGUUCAAGGACGUAACCAAGAGAGACUAGCGGAGUGCUACUACAUGUUAGAAGAUUACACCGGCUUACAGAAGAUGGUUUCGGCCUUGCCAGAAAAUCAUAAACUGUUGCCAGAAAUUGCUUCCAUGUUUUCAAAUGUUGGAAUGUCAGAACAGGCAGUUGAGGCUUAUACUAAGUGUAACCGGGUGAAGGCUGCAAUAGAUUGCUGUGUGCACCUGAACCAGUGGAACACUGCCAUAGAGCUGGCAAAGACCCACAAUGUGCAGGAGAUUGACAUGCUGCUGGCCAAGUAUGCCCAGCAUCUGCUGGAGAAGAAGAAAGUCCUCAAUGCCAUUGAGCUGUACAGGAAGGCUGGGCACUUCAUGGAGGCUGCAAAAUUGAUGUUUAAGAUUGCUGAUGACCAAAGGAGGUGCCACAAAAACCCUUUGACGAUCAAGAAGAUGUUUGUACUUGAGGGACUUCUAGUAGAGCAGUAUCACGAGGCCAUGAAACUGACUUCCAGAGCUAAAGGAAAAAAUAAGCAGGUUGCCUCAGCAUUGGCUGGAUUUUUGGAGGAAGAUGCUUCUUCGCUGUCUGACACCAAAAUUAUUGACAAUGCCUGGAGGGGAGCAGAGGCUUUUCAUUUCUUCAUUCUUGCACAGAAGCAGAUGUAUGAUGGAUAUGUUGACGCAGCCAUGAGGACAGCACUCCAUCUCCGAGAUUUUGACGAUGUCAUUGACCCAGUUAAUAUUUAUUCCUUGCUGGCUUUGGCAGCUUGUGCUAACCGUGCCUUCAACGUCUGCUCCAAGGCAUUUAUCAAAUUAGAAUCUCUGGAUUCUCUGAGCCCAGAGCAGAGACAUCACUACGAGGAGCUGGCUCUGGAGAUCUUCACCAA